UUAUCGCGGAUAGACAAAUUAGGGGUGUAAAAAUCACCAUCCUGGGCUCUUCCACGUUGCGUGUGUGUGUGUGCGCGGAUGUGUGUAUUUCGUCUUCGCGCGCACAGAUCUGUGAGACUGUUGUUCGUUGUACAGCGCAUGGAAUUACAGCUUUUUGAAUUAAACGGAAAGCACAGCCGCACCUGACGCGUCCGAAACACGUUAACGCGAACGUAGACUAUUUUUUCUCCUCUUUUGAUGUUUAUCUCAACCAUGGCUGUGUAAAUGAUUAGAUUACAUGCAGCAAUGACUCCGCGAAAGUUUUGACCUUUAUAACAGCAGCUACUGUUGGCUCUCCCAACGGAUCCUUCAAGACUCGAGCCAGGGAUCAAGACUCGAUUACGAAAUCUCAUGUAAACUUUAUAGAGGAAGAUUAAAAACAUCGACACGCGCUUCUUCUCUCUGCCAAGCAUCGCACAUGGGGUGACACUGAGGAGCUUCCUGGGCCACUGAGACGUGUCUUCGGCCGCCCUCUCAUUGACUUCUGGCCGUCUGGUUGCAGGGCUUUACCAAGGUGCCACCAUGAGCAAAUACUCCCAGUACUUCAACAAGUGCCUCGUAGAGGUCCACUAUAGCAUCGUCAGGAACAUGAGCCAGAAGGAAAUAGCGGGCCGCAGGGAGACUGAACAAAGACUGAGCACCCUGAACAUUUUAUUUGUUAUAAUCUGCAGUAUCAUCAUCUUCGAAAACCUCUUGGUGCUCAUUGCUGUGUUUCGCAAUAAGAAGUUCCACUCUGCCAUGUUCUUCUUCAUCGGGAACCUGGCCUUCUCGGACCUAUUGGCUGGCUCUGCUUAUAUUGCCAACAUCUUCCUUUCAGGCCCUAAGACAUUUAGGUUGGUGCCUGUCCAGUGGUUCAUACGAGAAGGGACUACUUUCAUAGCACUGGCUGCAUCCGUUUUCAGCCUGCUGGCUAUCGCCAUAGAGCGCUACAUUGCCAUCACCAAGGUCAAGGUUUAUGGCUCCAACAAAACUUGCCGCAUGUUCCUUUUGAUCGGAGCAUGCUGGGUGAUGUCCAUCCUUCUGGGAGGUCUUCCCAUUUUUGGUUGGAACUGUAUUAAUAACGUUGUGGAUUGCUCCUCUGUCCUGCCUCUCAACUCCCGAUACUAUAUCCUUUUUGUUGUUACCGUCUUCACCGUCAUCUUGAUGUCCAUUGUGAUCCUUUACGUUCGCAUCUAUCUUAUUGUGCGUACAAGCCAGCGAGAGGCCACCAAUUCUCCAGCUUAUGCUCUCCUGAAGACCGUCACGAUUGUGCUUGGCGUAUUCAUCAUUUGUUGGUUACCCGCAUUCACCAUCCUUCUCUUGGACACUUCCUGUACGAUAAAAGAAUGUCCUAUCCUCAACAAUGCUACCAUCUUCUUCAGCAUCACCACAAUGAAUUCGGCGCUGAACCCGCUGAUCUACACAUUGCGGAGUAAGGACAUGAGGAGGGAGUUCCUCAGGGUGCUUUGCUGCUGGGGGCUGUUCAAUUGUGGCAGGCCUUCUCACCGCUGCAUGGUGCCACUCAGGAGCUCAAUUUCAAUGGAGCACUGCACCCACAAACACGAACAUCAGUCAAUUCCCAUCAUGCAGGACUGCACUUCUGUCUGAUUUUGUCUCCUCAGUGCCCAGGUGUUUGAAGACCAGGGGAGACCCCUUCUUUGAGGCAAGGCGCAGAAGACAGAAUUGUUCAGUGACCUCACAGAUGACAGGUGAAUCACAAUCAGUGUCUUUGGACUCAUGGACAUUUAGAGCAGAUAUCACAACUGUGCUACCGGACUCCUGCGUGUCGUUUGUUGCUUCUGUCCUUGCAAAAGUUCCUGAACGUCACAGAAUGAGACUUCACCACGUAUUUGACUUCAUAAGGCACAUUAAAGAAAGCCAAUUUCAAAUGGGAAUAUCCAUUGAAGCUCUUCGACAAAACAUGAAAAAUGAAAGUCUCACUUUGCAGACUUCUAGGCAGCUUGGGAUUGUAAUUUUCUCAUAUGCUGACCAACCUAACAGAAGUCGCAUACAAGAUGUAUCCUAUCCACAAGUAGAUUACCACUGUCUUGGUUCAGAGAUUUGAGAGUACUGGUUGAAAUGUACAGAUCGACAAUGCACUCCGUGUGAGCCAAUCAAAACAUGCAUUGCAUGCAUUGCAUGCUUGCAGAACCUCUCCUAAUGUAUACAUCAAGUAACUUGAUAUACAUAACAUCCUUUGAUUGCCGUCAAUAAAAGGAUUCCACUUCAUUGUAUUGCAUGAAAGUCUAACCUGUGUAAAAAAAAACAAUAUGUAUGACCAAUCUAUGUACAAUUGUCAAUGUUACUUCUCUUUGUAUUUUAUUUUGCUUUAACAUUCCUUUUUUUUUUUUCUUAAAGCACGAUCAGAAUGUGAUUACAUUACAGAAUGUGACACGAGUUUCUCUCAGCAGCUGGUGUAAAUGCUGGUUGUGUUGGGAUGACAAUGCUGUAGCUUCGCUGCGGCAGCGUGUGCUUUGUUUUGGGCCCAACUUGACGAAUGGAACUGAAUAUAAGAAUGAAGUGUAACGAGCGAACAUUUUUCGCUGAUCGACAGUAUUACCAAACAUCAUUGUUUUCCUGUUGAUUAUUGAGCUUGCAGCAACAAGAGCGGGCACUCACUUUGAAGUCUUAGUGACAUUUAAUGAAUAUGCCAUUGAUAAGACUGGAAACUUUGAGAUAAGGACAAAUUGAGCAUGCAUUUCUCUCUUUUGAAGGCAUAUUCAUUCUGAGAUAUGGGGGUUGCUAGGUGUUAUGCUGUCUUUUAAUAGGCCACAAGUCUUUAGAAGAAACUUUAAACUUCCUGCAACCACUGAAGUCCAGUGCUUUCAUGCUUCUUCCUGUUGUUAGGGACUGACCUUGAUGUUCCCUUAAGUUGAUUUCCUUAGUCCAACACUUUCACUCACACAAUCACAGCCUUGACUGUUUGAUCCCAACAUGUUUUAGUUUCCUUUGCUGGUCGGUUUAGUUCAGCGGAGAAAGCACUUUGGCAGCUCUUCCAAUACCAACCUAAUGUAUUUUGUUUUUUUUCUGUCUGUCUUUUAUUUUUAAUGAUGCAUUAAGAAUUUAAGACUGUGUGAGCAUUCCUAUCACUCCGUUCAGUGUAAAACAUGGCCUACCCUGUGGAACGAUGUUUGUUUUAUAUGAUACAUAUAUGAAAGUGUGUAUGUAUCUGUGUACAGUAUCUAUGUAAUGUGUAUACAUAUACAGUGUCUUGUGUGCAAUAGCCUUGUGUUUUAGUUGCAAGCUACCUGUGCUAAAUCGGUACAAUCCCAAACACUAAUGUAGGUACAUAAACAUUAGUUCAUUCCUUUUUUGAAUAAAAUAUAAAUGAAAUACA